AUGUCCUCCAUGUUUCCAAACGUCUUCCGGUUUUGUGACACGAACUGCGGUGGUCGGACGUACACCGGGUCGAUCCUGGUGGCGGUGAAUCCGUACCAGUUGUUGCCGAUCUACACGGCCGAGCAGAUCCGACUCUACACCAACAAGAAGAUCGGAGAACUGCCCCCGCACAUCUUCGCCAUCGCAGACAACUGCUACUUCAACAUGCAGCGCACCAGCAAGGACCAGUGCUGCAUCAUCAGUGGGGAGUCUGGCGCGGGGAAAACUGAAAGCACCAAGUUGAUCCUCCAGUUCUUGGCGUCCGUCAGUGGACGACACACCUGGAUCGAACAACAAGUCCUGGAGGCCACGCCCAUCCUGGAGGCUUUCGGAAACGCAAAAACCAUCCGCAACGACAACUCCAGUCGCUUCGGCAAAUACAUCGACAUCCACUUCAACAAGAAAGGAGCCAUCGAGGGGGCCCGCAUCGAGCAGUACCUCCUGGAGAAGUCCAGAGUGUGUCGACAGGCCCCCGACGAGAGGAACUAUCACGUGUUCUACUGCAUGUUGAAGGGAAUGUCCCCAGAGCAGAAGGUCAAACUGGGACUGGGUCUGGCCUCAGACUACAGCUACCUGACCACGGGGCAGUGCACCGAGUGUGAAGGUCGGGACGAUCUGGGCGAUUACUCGAGUAUCCAGUCGGCCAUGAAGGUCCUGAUGUUCACCUCCACGGAGAACUGGGAGAUCUCCAAACUGCUGGCGGCGAUUCUGCACAUGGGCAACCUGCGAUUCGAAGCCCGGACCUUUGAGAACCUGGACGCGUGUGUGGUGGUUCGAUCCCCGGACCUGAGCACAGCGGCCGCUCUGCUCGAGGUGGAGCCCAAGGACGUGAUGCUGUGCCUGACCACGCGCACCCUGAUCACCCGCGGCGAGAGCGUGUGCACCCCGCUCAACGUGGCCCAGGGGCUGGACGUGAGGGACGCCUUCGUCAAGGGCUCAGACGUGACGAUGCUCCACAAACUGAACUCACAGCACAAACAGAACUCGUACUACAUCCCCCCAAAGAACAACUACGACACACAGUUCGGGAUCCAGCACUUCGCCGGAGUCGUGUACUACGAGACCAAAGGUUUCCUGGAGAAGAACCGCGACAGCCUCCACACCGACAUCAUCCAGCUCGUCCACUCCUCCAAGAACAAGUUCAUCAAGCAGAUCUUCCAGGCCGACGUGGCCAUGUUUCUGUGUGGUUAUCAGCCCAGUGCUCCUGCUCCUAAGGGCGUGGAGACGAGGAAACGUUCUCCGACUCUGAGCAGUCAGUUCAAACGUUCCCUGGAGAUGUUGAUGAGGACUCUGAGCGUGUGCCAGCCUUUCUUCGUCCGCUGCAUCAAACCCAACGAGCACAAGAAGCCCAUGUUGUUCGACAGGGAGCUGUGCAUCCGUCAGCUCCGAUAUUCCGGGAUGAUGGAGACGAUUCGGAUCCGUCGGGCGGGAUACCCCAUCAGAUACACCUUCACCGAGUUUGUGGAGCGCUACAGGGUCCUGAUGCCCGGAGUCAAACCCCCACACAUACAGGAGGACCUGAGAGGGACCUGCAGGCAGAUCGUCGUGGCCAGACUGGGCAAAGAUGGAGACUGGCAGAUCGGGAAGACCAAGAUUUUCCUGAAGGAUCAUCACGACUUGCAGCUGGAGAUCGAGAGGGACAAAAGCAUCACGGACAAAGUGAUCCUCAUCCAGAAGUCUGUGAGAAGACACCGAGCCAGAACCAACUUCCUGAAGAAACGUCACGCGGCCACAGUGAUCCAGACUCUGUGGAGGGGCUACAGGUGUAAGAAGAACUACCACAAGAUGCGGAGGGGUUUCCUGCGUCUCCAGGCCGUGUGCAGGUCCAGACGUUUCCUCCACACUUACCGCUUGACCCGGCUGCGCGUGACCCAGAUCCAGGCGCGGUGCCGGGGCUUCCUGGUGAGGCAGGCGUUCUGGAGACGAGUGCGCGCAGUGGUCACCCUCCAGGCCCACACCAGGGGCAUGAUCGCCCGCCGCCGGUGCCAGCGCCUGCGGGCAGAGCGUCAGAAGCGUGUGGAGGCGGAGCUUGAGCGUCUGGAGGAGGAGGAGCACCUGAAGAACCUGAUGACGGCUCGAAGAGCCAAAGCCGAGGCUCAGAGGAAACAUCUGGAGCGUCUGGAGCUUCUGGAGCAGCAGAGGGAGGACCAGGCCCGCGAGGACCGAGAGGAGGCGCGCAGGAAGAAGGAGCUGCUGGAGCAGGUGGAGCGGGACAGAGACCAGCCCGUGGACGACUCCGACAUGGUGGACCGCAUGUUCGGUUUCCUGGGCAACGCCGGACCACUGACCAAUCAGGACGGAGAAGCACCAGCAGCAUUUGAGGACCUGCUGAAGCCCCGUCUGGCCGAGGCCGAGGAGGAGGAGGAGGAGCUUCUGGACGAGGCCCCUCCCCUUCCCGCCGACGAGGACGAAGAUCUGUCCGACUACAAGUUCUCCAAGUUCGCCGCCACGUACUUCCAGGGCGUGUCCACCCACACCUACAUCCGGAGGCCCCUGAAACAGCCGCUGCUCUUCCACCAGGACGAGGGCGACCAGCUGGCGGCUUUGGCCGUGUGGAUCACCGUCCUGCGCUUCAUGGGAGACCUGCCCGAGCCCAAGUGUCAGCUCGUCCUCAACGACGGCAGCGAGAAGAUCCCCGUCAUGACCAAGAUCUACGAGACUCUGGGCAAACGCAGCUACAAGAGAGAACUCCAGGAGCUGCAGGUGGAGGACGAGCUCACGUCUCCCGUCAGCUCUUCGGACGGACAGAAGAGGAACAGCGUGCGACACAAACUCAUCUCCCUCACGCUCAAGAAGAAAUCCAAGAUCACAGAGGAGGUGAGCCGGCAGCUGCGCGAGGGGGACUACGGUCUCCAUGGAAACAGCAUGUUGGAGGAAAGACCCACGUCCAACCUGGAAAAACUCCACUUCAUCAUCGGCAACGGAAUCCUGCGCCCGGCACUCAGGGAUGAGAUCUACUGUCAGAUCUGUAAACAGUUGGGUCAGAACCCGUCGAGGAGCAGUCACGCCCGAGGAUGGAUCCUCCUCUCACUGUGUGUCGGCUGCUUCUCCCCCACAGACAAGUUUGUCAAAUACCUGCGCUGCUUCCUGCUCUCUGGGCCUCCAGGUUUCGCUCCGUACUGUGAGGAACGUCUGAGGAGAACCUUCGUGAACCGAACACGGACUCAACCACCGUCCUGGUUAGAACUACAGGCCACGAAGUCGAAGAAGCCCAUCAUGCUGCCGGUGACGUUCAUGGACGGCACCACGAAGACGCUGCUGGCCGACUCCGCCACCACGGCCCGCGAGCUCUGCCACGCCCUGUCCGACAAGAUCGACCUGAGCGACCGCUUCGGCUUCUCCCUCUACAUCGCCCUCUUCGACAAGGUGUCGUCUCUGGGCAGCGGCAGCGAUCACGUGAUGGACGCCGUGUCUCAGUGCGAGCAGUACGCCAAAGAGCAGGGCGCGCAGGAGAGGAACGCCCCCUGGAGGCUCUUCUUCAGGAAGGAGAUCUUCACGCCCUGGCACUGCCCCGCCGACGACCAGGUGGCCACCAACCUCAUCUACCAGCAGGUGGUGCGAGGAGUCAAGUUUGGAGAGUACCGCUGUGAGAGGGAGGAGGAGCUGGCGGAGUUGGCGUCGCAGCAGUACUUCGUGGACUACGGCCCGGAGCUGCUCCAGGACCGGCUGCUCACGCUCAUCCCGUCCUACAUCCCGGACAGAGACAUGUCCUCCAGCAAGAGCCCCGACCGCUGGCUCCAGCUGGUCACCGCCGCCCACAAGAAGGCGGUGCAGAGUCGGCGCAGGAGCAGCGCUCAGAGGGUGAAGGAGGACGUGGUCGACUUCGCUCGGAUCAAAUGGCCUUUGCUCUUCUCACGAUUCUACGAGGCCUUCAAGUUCUCAGGACCCAGUCUGCCCAAAAACGACGUGAUCGUGGCGGUGAACUGGACCGGCGUGUACUUCGUGGACGAGCAGGAGCAGGUGCUUCUGGAACUCUCCUUCCCUGAGAUCACCGCAGUGUCCAGCAGCAGAGGAGGAAAACUGCAGGGCCAGAGCUUCACCCUGGCGACCAUCAAAGGCGACGAGUACACGUUCACCUCCAACAACGCCGAGGACAUCCGCGAGCUCGUCGUCUGCUUCCUGGACGGGCUGAGGAGGAGGUCCAAGUACGUGGUGGCGCUGACGGACUGCGCCAACCCCGCAGACGCCGCGUUCCUGUCCUUCCAGAAGGGCGACCUGAUCAUCCUGGACGAGCAGGAGGGGGAACAGGCCCUGACCUCCGGCUGGGCCCACGGACAAAACGAACGCAGCCGCCUCAGAGGAGACUUCCCCGUGGACUGCGUCUACCUGCUCCCGACCGUCACCCGGCCGCCGUACGACAUCGUGGCGCUGGUGUCCAUGAGUCCAGACCAGAGGAGAGAGUCCAUCACUCUGUCCCAGCUGGACACGUCCCAGCUCCAGGACAGAGCCAAAGUUUACACCCUGGAGGAGUUUUCCUACGACUACUUCAGGCCUCCCCCGAAGAACACGCUGAGCCGGAUCAUGUCCAAGUCUCGGACCAAAGAGCGUCUGUGGAGCUGCAGCCGUGAGCCGCUCCACCAGCCGCUCCUCAAGAAGGUCCUGAACCACGAGGAGCUCUGCCAGGAGGCGUGUCAGGCCUUCCUCUAUAUCCUUUAUGGAGGAGGGUUCAGUGAGGAGAAGGGCUGGGAGCUGCUGUGGCUCUGCACCGGGCUGUUCCCUCCCAGCACCACCCUCCUCCCCCAUGUCCAGAGGUUCCUCCAGGCCAAGAAGCACUGCCCCCUGGCCCCCGACUGCAUGCAGCGGCUCCAGAAGGCUCUGCGAAAUGGCUGUAGGAAGUACCCCCCUCACCUGGUGGAGGUGGAGGCCAUCCAGCACAAGACCACCCAGAUCUUCCACAAGGUCUACUUCCCCGACGACUCCGACGAGGUGUUUGAGGUGGAGUCCAGCACCAAGGCCAAAGACUUCUGCCACAACAUCUCCACCCGCCUCCUGCUGCAGUCCUCCGAGGGAUUCAGCCUCUUCGUCAAGAUCACAGACAAGGUGAUCAGUGUUCCAGACGGAGACUUCUUCUUUGACUUUGUGAGACACUUGACCGACUGGAUCAAGAAGGCGCGACACGUUAAAGACGGUGGACCUGUUCUCACGUAUCAGGUUUUCUUCAUGAAGAAGCUCUGGACCAACACUGUUCCAGGGAAAGACUCUAUGGCCGACUCCAUCUUCCACUACUACCAGGAGUUGCCCAAGUACCUGCGGGGGUACCACGGGUGCAGCCGGGAGGAGGCGUGCCAGCUGGGGGCGCUCAUCUACCGAGUCAAGUACGAAGACGACAAGAGCCACUUCCACAACCUGCAGGUCGUCCUCAAGGACCUGGUGCCCCACGACAUGACUCGACUGAUGGGACCUGAGGACUGGAAGAGGUCCAUCCUGUCGCUGUACAACAAACAUUCAGGAAAAACGAGAGAAGAGGCCAAACUGUCCUUCCUCAAAAUCAUCUACAAGUGGCCCACCUUCGGCUCCGCCUUCUUCGAGGUCAAGCAAACGACCGACCCAAACUACCCCGAGACUCUGCUCAUCGCCAUCAACAAGCACGGAGUCAGCCUCAUGCACCCCAAGAGCAAGGACGUCCUGACGACUCACCCCUUCACCAAGAUCUCCAACUGGAGCAGUGGGAACACCUACUUCCACAUCACCAUCGGCAACUUGGUGCGAGGAAGUAAACUCCUGUGUGAGACGUCCCUGGGCUACAAAAUGGACGACCUCCUGACGUCGUACAUCAGCCAAAUGCUCACGACCCUGAGCAAACAGAGGACGAGCCGCAGCAGCGCCGACUGA